AUGAAUAGUAGUCAAUGCUUCAAUAAAAUGAAUGAAACAUAUACCGAUAUAUUAAUAUCUUCUGAACCAAUACUUUAUCGUUAUAUGAAAUUAUGUUUAUUUGCAAUAUUAGAAGUUCCAUCAGUUUUAAUAUCAAUUUAUAUUCUUUAUAUAACUUUUUCUUACAGAAAAUUUCGUUCACGUUUACGUAAUCAUUCAAUAAUUGGUUUAAUUCUUCUUUCAUUAAUUGAAACAACAACAGAAUUACCAAUUGCACUUCAAUAUCUUCAUUUAGGUUAUGUUAAACCAAAUAAUUCGAGUUUUUGUUUAUUUUGGAUUUGGUAUAAUUUUUCUCUUCAAACAACAAAUUUAUCAUUAAUGACAUGGACAUCAAUUGAACGACAUAUUUUUAUAUUUCAUUCUAAAUGGUUUCAAACAUCCUAUGGAAAAUGGAUUUAUCAUUAUAUUCCAUUAAUAAUUUCUACAAUAUAUAUACCAAUAUUUUAUUUUAUAUGUGUUAUACUUUAUCAAUGUGAUAAUAAUUUUGAUUAUUCAUUAUUUCUUUGUGGUUCUAUUUGUUAUAAUAAUGUGACAUGGUUAUCAAGUUUUGAUUGGAUGACAAAUAUGUUAAUUCCAUCAUUGUUAAUACCAAUAAUAAAUAUAAGUUUAUUAGUUCGUGUUACAGUACAAAUAAAGAAAGUAAAACGUAUAUUAAAAUGGCGAACAGCAAGAAAAAUGACAAUACAAUCAUUGAUUAUUUCAACACUUUAUUUAUUAUUUUGGACACCAUUAGCUUUAGUAUCACUUAUUCGAAUUUAUUUUAUUCCAACAUUUAUUGAUGACAUAACUUUUUAUUAUUUAAAUUACACACCAUAUCUUGUUCAACUUCUAAUGCCAUUUGUAUGCAUUAUUUGUUUAACAGAAGUAUGGCCAAAGAAAAAUCGUAUUAAUGUCAUGUAA